UACCUUCUUCCUCAGUGGAAAGAAGUGUACGAGUUUAGACGAACAACAGCGAGCAGAAAAAUGGCCCAGAGGUGGUUGCUGAAUUUAAUAGGGGUUUUGGUUACUUGAUGUUUUUUUUUUUAAAACACGUUGAUGUGUCGUUGUCUGCACUCAGGAAGUGUAUUUUACGGCCUUUUGCUGCUCAGGGAGUCCGUCUCUAGUACGUAAACAAACAUGACCGUCGCCGUCUCCAGGCAGAGACACGCUGCCGUCGCUGCAGACUCCUCAGGCUCUUCUCUUUCCGUUACUGCAAGCCUCAUGCGACUCUCUAAACACGUCAAAUAUGAAAAUCUUGCAGCCGGACUCAGUGGAGGUGUUCUUUCCACAAUGGUGUUACACCCCCUGGAUCUGAUCAAAAUCAGGUUUGCAGUAAGCGAUGGUCUGAAAAUGCGACCCCAGUACGAUGGGAUAGUGCACUGCAUGAAGACCAUCUGGAAGCUGGAAGGGAUUAGAGGACUCUAUCAGGGUGUGACCCCCAACAUCUGGGGGGCCGGGGCAUCGUGGGGCCUGUACUUCCUCUUUUAUAAUGCUAUUAAAGCGUACACACGGGAGGUACGGCAAACAGAGCUGAGUGCUGGAGAACACCUGGUGUCUGCAGCGGAGGCAGGCAUUUUGACGCUUUGCCUCACCAACCCAGUCUGGGUGACAAAGACCCGGCUGGUGCUGCAGUACAAUGCAGACCCGUCACGGAAGCAGUACAAGGGAAUGAUGGACGCCCUCGUGAAAAUAUACCGUCACGAGGGUAUCCCGGGACUCUACAGGGGUUUCGUACCUGGGCUGGUGGGGACUUCCCAUGCUGCAUUGCAGUUCAUGACCUACGAGGGGCUAAAAAGAGAGCAGAACAAAUAUAAGAAGAUGCCGACUGAAUCCCUGCUGUCUCCAUUGGAAUACAUCACCAUGGCAGCCAUUUCCAAAAUAUUUGCUGUAGCAGUGACCUACCCGUACCAGGUGGUGCGCGCUCGCCUGCAGGACCAGCACAACACCUACAGCGGCAUCGUGGACGUCGUCCGGAGGACGUGGAGCAACGAGGGGAUCGAGGGCUUUUACAAAGGCAUGGUCCCAAACCUGGUGCGAGUCAUUCCAGCGUGCUGCAUCACCUUUUUGGUGUUCGAAAAUGUGUCACGCUUACUUUUGGGCGAGUAUCACUAAAGCUUCAGGUACACACACACCAAACGCUACGACGGACCAAUUCAAAAGCAAAAUACCAGGAUGUGUGUGUGUGUGUGUGAGUGUGUGUGUCAGAGACGGACAGGAAUACCAAACAUUUCCUGUUUAGCUCUGAACUGGACGUGCAGACAAAAUUAGCAUUUAGCGUGUGCACUGAAUGAAAAGAAGAAAAUACAGGUGCAGACAAAUAUAGAAAGAGAGAGAGAGAGAUUGUUUUAUUGUUGAGUUUAUUGAGGGAGUAUCCAUGUUGUCUUGAAUAUUCAACCACAAAAAAGAUGUCAUU